AUGAACCCCCCAGAUCUCCUCUUCGGACUAUCCGGCUUUACAACACUGGACGCAGCCACUGUCCUCCAAGCCAUCCAAGAGACUUGGGCGCAAGACAAGACCUACAACCGCAUAGAAAGCUUCUUCUCUAAAUGCGGGCUACCUGAUGAUGAGAUGAUCUACAAAGCUACCAGGGACUUCAUUGUGUCUUGCCGAGCCGAGACCCUCAAUUUCAAGUUACCUGGAGGACUCUCAGUCCCAUGCUUCAACAUUUUCGCUACGAGUCCCACCAACGACGCGAAAACAUGGACUGACCUCAGACUCUACCUUAGCUCCCUCAUUUACCCCACCAACCUGGACGGCUGCGGAGUCGCUACAGCGCUCUUCGCAUGCCAAAUAUGCCAUUCUCUCACGCACCCUCGCGGCUUGUGCCCUUUCCCCCUCACUCCAAACUGGAACGGCCCGAAGGAAGAGGUAGAGGUGGCAGACAGGGGCGAAGCACCUAACAAGAUCCUCCCGAGCAUCCAAGUAUAUAACCUGACGAAUGCAUUACAUAUGCAGCCGAGAACCACCACCACCAUUACAUACACCUCCCCCUCCUCAGUUUUUGCCUUAGACAGAGCACAUACAUCAUAUAACCCUACCUACCCAGCCUUCCUCGUCAACACGCAAUAA